CUCGUUCUCCUCACCACAAUCGCUCCCAACUCCGUUCACUCCGUUUUCUUGGGUCUCUCCAUUGUUGCGUUUAUUUUGUUUCCUCUCUAUUUUCUUUUUUAUUUUUUUUCCCUUUUCUCUCUGUUUUCAUAUAUUUUGAGCUUUGUUCUCUCGCUUUGGAGAGCAAAAGCUCCAUUUGGGUCUUCGUUUAAAGGUAAAGAAAAAAAAAAGAGCUUUUUUGAGGCUUGAGGAAGAGGAGAUAUCAUGGGAGAAGCCGCCGCCGAGCCCGUGCUGAGCCGCCUCCACAGCGUGAGGGAGCGGAUCGGCGACUCCCUCUCCGCGCAUCCGAACGAAUUGGUCGCGGUUUUCUCAAGGCUUGUGCAUCAAGGAAAGGGAAUGCUGCAACCCCAUCAGAUCUUAGCCGAGUAUAAUUCUGCGAUACCCGAAUCCGACAAAGAGAAGCUGAAGGACGGGGCAUUCGAGGAUGUUCUUAAGGCUGCGCAGGAAGCAAUUGUCAUCCCUCCCUGGGUUGCCCUCGCGAUCCGCCCGAGGCCCGGAGUUUGGCAAUAUGUGAGGGUGAACGUGAGCGAGCUCGCCGUUGAAGAGCUGACUGUGCCCGAGUACUUGCAGUUCAAGGAGCAGCUUGUGGAAGACAGCACUCAAAACAACUUCGUACUCGAGUUGGACUUCGAGCCGUUCAAUGCUUCUUUCCCUCGUCCGUCGCUGUCGAAGUCGAUCGGCAACGGGGUGCAGUUCCUCAAUAGGCACCUUUCCUCGAAGCUGUUCCAUGACAAGGAGAGCAUGUACCCCCUGCUCAAUUUCCUUCGGCAACACAACUACAAGGGGAUGACUAUGAUGCUUAACGAUAGAAUCCGCAGCCUCAGUGCUCUCCAAGCUUCGCUGAGGAAAGCGGAGGAGUACCUGUUGAGUAUCCCCUCGGACACUCCGUACGCCGAAUUCCACCACAGAUUUCAAGAGCUCGGCUUGGAGAAGGGGUGGGGUGAUACGGCCCAGCGUGCCCACGAGAACAUUCACCUCCUCCUAGAUCUCCUCGAGGCACCUGACCCGUGCACAUUGGAGAAUUUCCUCGGGAUUAUCCCUAUGGUUUUCAAUGUUGUGAUCCUCUCUCCGCACGGCUACUUCGCCCAAGCUAAUGUCUUGGGCUAUCCCGACACCGGUGGUCAGGUUGUUUAUAUUUUGGAUCAAGUCCGUGCUCUGGAGCACGAGAUGCUGCUUAGAAUCAAGCAGCAAGGUCUUGAUAUUACCCCUCGAAUUCUCAUUGUUACCAGAUUACUCCCUGAUGCCGUCGGCACCACCUGCGGGCAGCGUCUUGAGAAGGUCCUUGGAACUGAGCACACCCACAUCCUUCGUGUUCCGUUUAGAGGGGAGCACGGGAUCAUCCGAAAAUGGAUCUCUCGUUUCGAAGUGUGGCCCUACCUGGAGACCUACACUGAGGAUGUUGCGAACGAGCUAGCCGGAGAAUUGCAGGCUAAACCUGAUCUGAUCAUUGGAAACUACAGUGAUGGGAAUCUCGUUGCUUCUUUGCUCGCACAUAAAUUGGGUGUUACGCAGUGCACCAUUGCCCAUGCACUGGAGAAAACCAAGUAUCCAAACUCAGACAUCUACUGGAAAAAUUUUGAGAACCAGUACCACUUCUCAUGCCAGUUCACUGCCGAUUUAAUCGCGAUGAACCAUGCUGACUUCAUCAUCACUAGCACUUUCCAGGAAAUCGCCGGAAGCAAGGACACUGUGGGUCAAUACGAGUCUCACAUCGCAUUCACUAUGCCCGGUCUAUACCGGGUUGUUCACGGAAUUGACGUGUUCGAUCCGAAAUUCAACAUCGUUUCUCCUGGGGCUGAUAUGUCGAUCUAUUUCCCGUACACCGAGACGAGCAAAAGACUCACCUCCCUUCACCCAGAGAUUGAGGAAUUACUGUACAAUCCAGUCGACAAUGCAGAGCACAAAUUUGCAUUGAAGGACAAAACCAAGCCCAUUAUAUUCUCGAUGGCUAGACUCGACCGGGUCAAGAACUUGACGGGAUUGGUUGAGCUUUACGGCCGCAACCCGCGUCUGCAGGAGCUGGUUAACCUCGUGGUGGUGUGUGGUGACCACGGGAAAGAGUCGAAGGACAAAGAGGAGCAAGCAGAGUUCAAGAAGAUGUACAACUUAAUUGAAGAGUAUAAAUUGGAUGGCCACAUUCGGUGGAUCUCCGCUCAGAUGAACCGGGUUCGCAAUGGCGAGCUCUACCGUUACAUUUGCGAUACUAAGGGUGCUUUUGUGCAGCCUGCAUUCUAUGAAGCCUUUGGGCUCACCGUUGUCGAGUCCAUGACAUGCGGACUCCCCACAUUCGCGACUGCGUACGGCGGCCCAGCCGAGAUCAUAGUUCACGGCGUCUCGGGCUUCCACAUCGAUCCGUACCAAGGCGACAAGGCUUCUGCGCUGCUUGUGGACUUCUUCGAAAAGUGCAAGGAGGAUCCGACCCACUGGAGCAAGAUAUCUGACGGAGGUCUUAAGCGGAUCGAAGAGAAGUACACAUGGCAGCUUUACUCGGAGAGGCUGAUGACUCUCUCCGGUGUUUAUGGGUUCUGGAAGUAUGUCUCCAACCUGGACAGGCGCGAGACGAAGCGCUACCUCGAGAUGUUCUACGCCCUCAAGUAUCGUAAUCUGGCCAAGUCCGUUCCUCUGGCCGUCGAUGGAGAGGCUGCGGUAAACGGGACCAAGUGAUUUGGGCGGAAUCGAUUGGGCGGAAUCGAGAAAAGGAUCGGUCGGUCGUGUUCGUUUUUAUUUUGUUUUUUUUUAUUUUGUUUUUUUUUUUUUUAAAGAAUGGGAAGAGAUCUGGGAGACAAUGGCUUUGCCCUGUGGGUAGUUUAGGGUCAUUGAUGGAUUGUAGUUGUAGUAGGUUUGGGAAUUGCUGUGUGUGUGGUGUUUUCCAAUGGAAUGCUAUGGAUAAGGCUUCAUUUCAGUUUGUUUAAUAAAAAAUAUUUGCUCCCUUUUCAUUCCUGAA